GUUGGUUAGCUGUGUGUUGUGGGUGCGUACAAACUCAGCACAGCCAAAGGUUUGGAUAAUAUUAAGUAGCGGUAGUUAUCAUCGAAUUGUAAUCAUGUAGGGCGUUUCCGCAACGACAAGGUGCAUAGCAGCAACUAAUUAAUUGUUGUUGCAGUUUGGUGCUAGCCACCCACCCGUUUAUUUUGAAAGAGGUGUGCGCGAGAUAUGUGUGCUGUGGUGGUGCAAGAUGAGCAGCCCUCCGCACUCUCCAGAUGGGACCGACGACGACUACACUGUUCAGCAAGAAAAUGAACUUGAAGCCCUUGCAGCGAUCUUCGGAGACGACUUUGAGGACCUCCGAACGAAGAAACCAUGGAAGAUCAAAAGACCGGCAGAGGUUUACCUAAACCUGCGACCGAAGGGUUUGGGCAAUGGACAGAAGAGUUACGUGAGUGUGGAUCUGCAGGUCAAAUGUCCACCUACGUAUCCCGAUGUGCCUCCGCAGCUUGAGCUUAAGAACGCCAAGGGCCUGUCCAACGACAACCUCCAGAGCCUGCAGGAAGAGCUGACCAAGUUGGCCUCCGACAGAUGUGGAGAGGUGAUGAUCUACGAGCUGGCGGACCACGUGCAGGGCUUCCUGGUGGAGCUAAACGUGCCUCCUCCGAGCUCCUUCCACGAGGAAAUGCUGAAGAACCAGCGGCGGCAGCAGGAGCUGCUGGCCCUGGAGCAGCAGGAGAAGAGGAACCAGCAGCGGCGACAGGAGGAGCAGAUGCAAAAUGAACUCCUUGCUGAAAUCCAAAGACGGGAUCAGGAGAGGAAAGAGGAGAAGAGGAAAAAUAAACAGGAGAGGCUGGAGAGUGAGGUUAUGCCCCCGAUGGAGAGUUCUAUGUCAGUGGGUUCCAGUUCCCCUGCUCCCCCUGCAGAACCCACGGAACCCAAACGAGUGCCUGGCAACCGUCGCCGCACCACCUCCACAACUCGCCACAGGAGGGAAACCUCUGGUGAUGAGAGCCCUCGUCCUGAGGUGCUGCACUUCUGCAACAGCACCAUAGGAGAGGUGGUCGUGCACAAGGGCAAAUGUAUAGGAGAGAACGAGCGGCUGGGCCGCAGCGUGUACUACGCCUUCGAGGCCACCACGGGGGACUUUGCCGUGGUGUACGAGUGGACGCUGCGCUGGAGCCAGAAGAUGGGCAAGUUCCUCACCAGCCAGGAGCGAGAGAAGAUCGAGAAGUGCAAAAAACAGAUCCAGGGUGCCGAGAGCGAGCUGAACUCCCUGCUGAAACUGGAGCACCCCAACCUGGUGCAGUACCGUGCGCUGAGCUGCAGCGAGCGCGAGGACAGCCUGGUGGUGGACCUGCUGGUGGAGCACGUGCCCGGCGCCACCAGCCUGGCGUCGCCCCUCGCCGCGGGAACGCCGGUACCCGUCGACGCCCUCCGCCACCACGCCGCGCAGCUGGUGUCUGCGCUCGACUUCCUGCACACCAACUCGGUGGUGCACAAGCAGCUGGGCGCGAGCAGCGUGCUGUUGGAUGCCAGGGGGGACGUGCGGCUGGCCGACUACAGCCUGGCGAAGAGGCUGGCGGACGUGUGCCGCGAGGACGUCUUUGAGCAGGCGCGGGUGCGCUUCAGCGAGGAGGCGGUGCCCCCUAGCCGACCGGGCAAGAAGGGCGACGUGUGGAGCCUGGGCAUCAUGCUGCUGGCACUGCAACAGGGCAAGGAGAUUAAGGAGUACCCGCCCACGCUGCCCAGCGGCCUCAACACCGACCUGCAGGACUUCCUGCGCAAGUGUUUGAAUCCCAAUGAUGCUGACCGAUGGACAGCUCAUCAGCUCCUGGAUCAUCCGUUCCUUCGCUGCCCCUCCCCCAAAACCACACCGCCGUCCCAGGAAGCCAGCCCAGAGGACCUAGGCGAUGACUUUGCCUCCACGGUGGUUCCCCGUAGCCACCUCCUGAGCGCCCCCUUCAGUCCGCACGUGCAAAAGCAGUUCUCCAGAUACUACAAUGAGUUUGAGGAGCUGCAGCUGCUGGGGAAGGGUGCCUUUGGGGCAGUCAUCAAGGUGCAGAACAACUUGGACGGUUGCUACUACGCGGUGAAGCGUAUCCAGGUGAACCCCAUGAGCCGCCAGUUCCGCCGCAUCAAAGGGGAGGUGACGCUGUUGUCGCGACUCAACCAUGAGAACAUUGUGCGUUACUACAAUGCCUGGAUCGAGCGGCACGAGACCCCCGCCACCUGCGUCCUGACCAGCAGCGAGAGCUCUGCCGCCCAGAGCACCCCAGAGAGGGGAGGAGGAGGAGGAGGAGGAGGAGAAAGAGGAGGGGGUGUUGGUGUUGGUGGAGGAGCGGCACACACAGGACCACCACGGACGCCCAGUGGCAGGGUGGCAGCGGCGGGUCCUCGUCUGAACGAGCUUGGCCUUCCUGAGCUGGACGUGGAGGAUGUGGCGCCCCCCGCUGCCCUGGCCAGCUCAGUGGAGUGGAGCACCUCCAUAGAGAGAUCCUCUAGUGCACGCUGCAGUGCCCCGGACACCAGCAGCAGCGGAGACGAUGAAGAGGAGGAGGAGGAGGCUGACGUCUUCGGACCUUCAUUCCUAACGUCUGAUGGUGACUCAGAGAGUGACAUCAUCUUUGAGAAUGGGGACGACAGUGAGAGCAACUAUACUCCAGAGGAGCCGAGCAAGAGGGCAGGUACAGUGGACACAGCGGAGAGCUCAGACGCAGAGAAGACCCCUCUCAUAGCCCACUACCUUUACAUACAGAUGGAGUACUGUGAGAAGAGCACUCUGAGGGACACCAUCGACCAGGCUCUGCACCUGGACAACAGCCGCCUGUGGAGGCUCUUCAGGGAGAUUCUGGAUGGCCUGGCCUACAUCCACCAACAGGGAAUGAUCCAUCGGGACCUGAAGCCAGUGAAUAUUUUUCUUGACUCCCAGGAUCAUGUGAAGAUUGGGGACUUCGGCUUGGCUACGGAUCAUCCGGCCAAUGUGGCUGCCGGGAAGCUGGAGGUGGAAGAGGGGAGCUCUGGGCCGGUGCUGAAGCCGGACCCUACAGGUAACAUGACAGGAAUGGUUGGCACUGCCUUAUACGUCAGCCCAGAGGUACAGGGAAACACCAAAGCCACGUACAACCAGAAAGUGGAUCUGUUCAGUCUGGGGAUUAUCCUGUUUGAGAUGUCAUACAGGCCCAUGACCACAGCCUCAGAGCGGAUAUCAGUCUUGAGCAAGCUGAGAACGGAGCCUGUCGAGUAUCCUGAUGACUUUGUUCAAUAUGAAAGUGGAACUCAGCAGAGUGCUGUCAUCAGCUGGUUGCUGAAGCACGACCCGGCGCUGCGUCCCACAGCCCAGGAGCUGUUGCGGAGCGAGCUGAUGCCGCCGCCUCAGCUGGAGGAGUCGGAGCUCCACGAGGUGCUGCAGCACACCAUGGCCAACGUCAGCGGCAAGGCCUACCGCACCAUGGUGGGACAGCUCUUCGCACAGACCAUCUCGCUAGUCAUGGACUACACCUACGACAUCGACAUACACAAGGGCAGUUUUAAUUUCAGCAACGCCAAACUACAACAGUAUGUGUACGAAACAAUCACCCGGAUCUUCAGAAAGCACGGUGCCGUGCGUCUGCAGACGCCCCUGCUGUUGCCUAGGAACCGGUCGGUAUACGAGGGCUGUGAGCUGGCCUGCUUCAUGGACCACAGCGGCAUGCUGGUCACGCUGCCCUACGACCUCAGGGUGGCCUUUGCAAGAUACAUAGCCCGCAACAACGUCUCCCAUGUGAAAAGGUACAGCAUCGAGCGCGUGUUUCGUCCCCGUAAGCUGGACCGCUCGCACCCCCGGGAGAUGCUGGAGUGUGCCUUCGACAUCGUCACCCCUGUCACCAACACCCUGCUGCCCGACGCCGAGACCAUCUACGUCAUCUCCGAGAUCAUCCACGAGUUCAGUGCCUUGCAGGAGAGGAACUACACUGUCUAUGUGAACCACACCAGCCUGUUCCGAGCCAUCCUGCUGCACAGCGGGGUACCAGAGGACAAACUCAUGCAGGCCGCCAACAUCCUCUGUGACGCCAUGAGUGAGAAAUUGACAAAGCGGGAGGUGGAGGCCAAGUUCUUUAACUUAUCCCUGUCCAACAACAGCCUUCAGACGCUGUACAAGUUCAUAGAGCAGAAAGGGGAGCUGCGGGAGCUGGUGCCCCUGCUGGAGCCACUGACCAAGCAGAAGACGGCCGUCACCCAGCUGGCCAAGCAGGCCAUCAAGGACCUGGAGGAGCUCACCAGCCUGCUCAGGAAACUGGCCGUCAAGGUGCAGGUGAUGGUGAAUCUGGGGCUGGUGUAUAAGAUCCAGCACCACAGAGGCAUCAUCUUCCAGUUCGUGGCCUUCGUCAGGAAGCGCAGGCGCACCGUGCCUGACAUCCUCGCAGCCGGGGGGCGCUACGACCAUCUGAUUUCGGAGUUUCGUGGCCCCGUGGGUCCGGGACCGGCGCCCUCAGCCGUGGGGGCCAGUGUGGCGCUAGAGAAGAUCUGCACCGCCGUAGCCUCCAUGGAGGAACCGCCGGUGGUGAGUUCGUGUGAUGUGUUGGUGGUUCCGGUGGGCCACAGUUCCAUGGCGAGGGCCAUCAACGUCACCCAGAAGCUGUGGACGGCCGGGGUGUCAGCCGACGUGGUCUACGACAUCUCACAGUCUCAGGAGGCUCUGUUGGAGCACUGCAGGCAGGCUGGCAUGUCCUUCAUGGUGAUGGUCUCUGACAAGGAGGGCAACUACUGCAAGGUGAAGUCCUUUGAGAAGGACCGUCAGUCGGAGAAGAGGAUUCCUGAGUCGGAGCUGGUGGAUCACAUUGUGCAAAAGUGCCGGACCAAACUCUCUGAGGAGAGAAACAGAGAUGCAUCCGAUAGUGUUUCACUCCAGAACCCAAAGGGAUCACUGCAGACUAGCUCAGGGUCAUCAGAGCAGCACGGGAGUAGCUCUGGAAGCAGCCUGAAUGUGAACCUCGUCACCCCAGAGAAACUCUCAGCCAGCAUACGGAGACGCUACGAGACCACGAUACAAACCAGAUUGCAGAACUUUGGUAGCAGUUUGCAGAACAAGGCCAAUGACAUCGAAGUCCUGGCGGUUGACUUGGCGAAGGAAACCCUCAUCAAUUUCCUGUCUCUGGAGUUUGAAGGUGAGGAGCAGUUCAACAACAGUGUGAAACAUCUCCUCUCCAGGCUCCCCAAGCAGCAGCGCUACCUCAAGUCCAUCUGCGAGGAGAUCCACCGCUUCAAGAUGGUCAAGAAGGUGACGGUGGUGGUGCUGUACAGCUACAGAGAUGACUACCACAAGGUCCUGCUCUGAGCCAGCACUGCAGCCCCAUUAGAAACCUCUCUUCUCUUCCUUCCUCAACCAAAGGGGAACUCACUGCCCUGUGUUUGCCCUUUCACAAUGACGGUUAUCACCUCUGGGUGAUUGUUUAGUUUGUUCUUUUGGGGCAUUUUUUUGCCUUUAUUAUUGGGACUGGAUGUGUCGAUAAAGACUGGACAUGAGUGGUAAGAGAGAGAGACUGGGUCGGUAUUGGGACAUGACUCAAGCUGGACUCGGGACUCGAACCUCAGUCCUUAUGGGUGUGCAAGCCCAUUCAUGGACAUUCAUGUGCCCACUGCCCACAGUACCUCCUGGGCUACCCCCCUCUUGAAGAAUUGAAACCUCCUCACCACCCCCUGUUUCCUCUUUCAACACCUAAGGUAUCCCUCCUUGAAAAAUUCAAUCUUCCUCAAAACUGCAGUCCUACCCUGUUUGAAUGAGUUGGAUCCUCCUCACUGCCUUGUUUCCCUCCCCUUCCAACGACGACGGUUAUCUCCCUCUUGAAGAAUUCAAUCCUCCCGUUUGUAGGAGGACUAUUUUUGGUACAUUGACUUCUUAAGUGACUGAUUGACUUCUUAACUGACUGAAUAAAAGAGACUGUGAGUGACAGCAGGUAUCCGUAGCUGUCCCUGAGCACAGUACCAAUGUGAGUGAUGCAAUGCCAAAGACACAACAGCACAAGAGAAGAGUGUCAUAGAGGAGAAUGAAGGUGAAUCAUGAAGGUGAAAAGCAGUGGUUACAAUCACACGCGCGCGCACACACACACACACACACGUACACACACAC